GUAAACAUGGCUACCGCGUCGGAUGCAAGACAAAUAGAUUUUCAAAAUGUUUUUUGUGUUGCCGACGUAAAAGGAAGAAAGAAAUUGUUGGCUAAGGUUCUACAAAUAGCAGAAUUUAACGAAGAAGAUGACUUAAGGUCCGGGAUACUUCUUGAUAUUUAUUAUGACAUUUUGGCUUUUUUUGUAAACAAUGGAUUUCCAUGGCGAGAAGUGUCUCUGCUGUGGGAGGUAUUUCAAAAUUUAUUGAACGAAGUGCGAGGCAAACCCCUUGAAGAAGCUAUAACACUGUUUAAACAACAGCUCAACAGAAUUGCCCAUUACUCCAGUGAAAACAACCUCAAGUCUGUGAUAGAUUUUGUUUUCAUGACAUUAUUUCAACACUACAAGCUGUAUCAAUUUGUUCUGACUCAAGAAAGAGCUGAUGACAUUACCAGGUGUGAGCUGAUUAUUGAGCCUCCCUUGGUUCCACGACCUUUGAGGGAUGGUGUAUCUAAGAGUGUUUGGGAUGAGGAACAGAGAAUAAAACAAAUUGAAGAGAUGGAGCUAAAACGUAACCAGGAAAGAACAACAUAUCAUGAAAAUGAAAUCCAAGAAGCAGUCCAGCAACUGAAGCAGCAGUUUUUGGAGUUUGACUCAUCAUCAGAAAACUUAUCAGCUGGAGAUUUAGCCACAAUUGUGGCUAAUGUUACUGCUAAAAAGGCUGCUGUGAUAAGUGCCACUAUCAGUCAUAAAAUGGAAGAAAUGCAUGAUUCUUUAGAAUUCAAGUACAAACGUGCCAAUGUAAGUCAGGAAAAAGAUAACGGAGGUAAAAAGUCUGCAGCUUCCAGUCAUCACUCAAAAGGAAAUUCUGGAAAUUAGUGGUCUCAUUGCACAAGUACAUUUUUUGAUUCAGUUGUAAAUGUACUUUGGUACAGUUUUUUUCUACACUUUCAGAGAACUUAUUUAGGGGAUGAUUCUCCUUUAUUAUUUAUUAUUUUAUUACAAUUGGGAGAUAAUUACAAGUAGGCAGUAUGAUGCUCCUGUGUUAGUUCAAUGGGUGAUUCCUUACUUAUGCCAAUUGCAACAAUUGUUCAUGAAAAUAUGAAAUUUAACAUAAAAAUGUGCUUUGAGGUCUGGGUAGC